CCAUCCCAAUAGGCGCAGAGCAGAGUAGAGAGUGUCAUUCCACUGGGCGCCACUCUCAGGCCGUUAGAGAAAGUAAUGCUGCUCGGAUAAAGCAGGAGAAGCGCAGCUGGCUCAGCGUUACAGCCGCAGCACCACUCGCUCAGCCCAGCCUGGACAUGCAGCGGGACCGCCGCGCUGAUCCGGACCAUGCCGCGCAGUAACACACGCAGCUGUGGACAGUCCUGACCAGAACCGGGCUUAACGCUUAUUAUAGGAGUUACUCGGAUCGGCUCGGGAGUUCGUGUCGUUUGUUAAACUUUCAGGAAGCCUGUCUGAUGAACCUAGAAAAUCCUGGUGGUUUCCAUAACAGGAGCAGGAGGCAGUUUGAAAUGGAGCAGAAGGUCAGCAAGCUCACUUUUGGCUUUCAGAGAAGCUCUACCUCAGAUGAUGACUCCGGCUGUGCCUUGGAGGAGUACGCCUGGGUUCCACCUGGACUACGACCUGAGCAGGUCCAGCUGUACUUCUCCUGUCUUCCAGAGGAUAAGGUUCCCUACGUUAACAGCCCAGGAGAGAAAAAUCGCAUCAAGCAGCUCUUGUAUCAGCUGCCUCCUCAUGAUAAUGAGGUGCGUUACUGCCAGUCCCUCAGUGAAGAAGAGAAGAAGGAGCUGCACAUGUUCAGUGUGCAGAGAAAGAAGGAGGCACUGGGACGUGGAACCCUAAAACUGCUGCCCAGGACUAUGCAUCAUGCUAUCUGUGAGCAUUGUGGGGAGAACAUCGGUGGAGGAGAGAUGGCAGUGUUUGCUUCAAGAGCAGGUCCAGGACUGUGCUGGCAUCCAGCAUGCUUUGCAUGCUCAACAUGUAGUGAACUGCUUGUGGAUCUUAUCUACUUCUACCACGAGGGGAAGAUUCACUGUGGGAGGCAUCAUGCUGAACUGUUAAAGCCUCGCUGUUCAUCCUGCGAUGAGAUUAUCUUCGCUGACGAGUGCACAGAGGCUGAGGGUCGUCACUGGCACAUGAAGCACUUUUCCUGCUUUGAAUGCGAAACCAUUCUAGGCGGUCAACGGUACAUCAUGAAAGAUGGUCGGCCAUACUGUUGUGGGUGCUUCGAGUCCUUGUAUGCAGAAUACUGUGAGGCCUGUGGAGAACACAUUGGAGUCGACCAUGCUCAGAUGACAUACGACGGUCUCCACUGGCAUGCCACAGAUGAAUGCUUCAGCUGUGCCCAGUGCAAAAGCUCAUUGCUUGGCUGCCCAUUCCUGCCCAGGCAAGGCCGCAUCUACUGCUCCAAAGCUUGCAGUCUGGGAGAGGAUGUGCACGCCUCAGACUCCUCGGACUCUGCCUUUCAGUCUGCCAGGUCACGCGAGUCCCGUCGCAGUGUAAGAAUGGGCAAGAGCAGUCGAUCUGCAGACCAGUGUCGCCAGUCUCUGCUUUUCUCCCCAGCCGGGAACUACAAGUUCCCUGGUUUUUCUGGCAACGCCGAUGACACCUUAUCAAACAAGUUCUCCCAUUUGAGUUUUGAAAAUGACCAUUUCUGGAGGAACAGGGAGGAGCAGGAAGCACCUGAGGACCACGAAGAAUGGGCUGAGCAUGAAGACUACAUGACCCAGCUACUUCUGAAGUUUGGAGAGCACGGCAUCGUCCAGCAGUCAGAGGACAACAGACCGACUGACCUUUGGACGACCGAUUCCGAGGUCAAAAUUAAGACAGAGUCAAAGAUGUUGAGCAGUGGUGGCAGUGGGAGUCUGGCCAGUAAAAAGUACAAAGCAGACAUGUACUGGACACAGUCUCAGGAUGGACUGGGAGACUCGGCCUAUGGUAGUCAUCCUGGGCCUGCAAGUAGUCGGAAAAUCCAGGAGCUAGACCUGGAGCAUGGUGCUAACUUUAAACGAGAGGAUAAGAAGUGGUACGACGACUCACUGGAAUGCAUCACAGAUGAGCUGAAACAAGCAGAGCCAAGUGUACGAGACUCCAUGGACUCUCUGGCACUCUCAAAUAUCACAGGUGCAUCAGUAGAUGGUGACUUUAAAGAGAAGCCAUUACCCUAUUCGCUACAAAACUUCCCAGGGCUGGAGAAUGAAGAUUGUGAGAAAACAAGCAACAUGGGAACUCUCAAUUCUUCAAUGCUGCACAGAAGUGCCAACUCCCUCAAGAGCCUUACCUCCGAGUUAGAGCAAGUGGAAGCCAUUGAGGAGGAAGAACCUGAGGAGAUUAUCCCUCUCCCAGAGGAAAGGCCCAAAAUCCCACACUUACCUGUUCUUCGGAGGACCAGAUCCCAGUCCAGGCCCCAACAGGUCAAGUUCUCAGAUGAUGUUGUGGACAAUAGUCGCUACGAUGACGUGGAAGUACGACAGCCUCCCAUGAGCGAACGCACGCGCAGACGGGUUUACCAUUUUGAUGAACAACAGGACCGGCGCAGUCAUCGGCAUCAUCACAACCACAGACGACGGAGGAGCCGGAAGUCUCGGUCGGACAACGCGCUGCAUAUAGUACCCAAAGAACGAGCUCGCAUGUGCUUCAGAGAGGACCAGCACCAGCGUGCUCCCGUCUCCGCCUCUCAGUACGGACAGCACACGCACGGCCACGCAAACUCAGAUUACGGUCUGCAGAACCAGGCCGCAGAACGAUUCUUUCGUCUUUACGGAGACGACGACGAAUGGUGCUCUACAUGCUCCUCUUCCUCGUCUGAAUCGGAGGAAGAAGGCUUUUUCCUGGGUCAACCAAUUCCACAGCCCAGGCAACCUCGCUAUCAGUAUUACGCUGAUGAACUCCCCAGUCAAGUGCCAGCUUCUUUUGGCACAAGGACAAACUCCAAAAAGAAGAGAGGACACAAAGGCAAAAACUGUAUAAUUUCAUAAACUGUAAAACCGAUGCAAUGUAGUAGAUAGUUUCUCCAUUUUAACUGCCUUUAUUUAAAGGUCAGUAGCUUUCUUUGCAGUAUUUUUUUUACCUGAUAAACAAGACUGACAAUUUGAGAAAAGAUGCAAUAUAUAUAUAAAAAAUAGAUAAAUAACAGAUAAUGAAUUAACAAAGCAAAGAUUCACCCUACAACUGCAACAACUGGUAUGUGUAUUAAAUAACAUAACAUGUCACUUAUGGUCACUGAGAGAAUGAAAGAAUAUAAUAUUUAUAAAAGCACCAUAUAUUAAUGAGUGAAUAUUUAACAGUCCAAAUAUUAAAAAGUGUAUAUACUGUAAAAAACUAUUGAUUUAAAGCUGAUAUUUUUAUAUCCCUUUUUAAAAGACAGAUAAAGUAGAAUAGCUGACAAAUAAAUAUCAGUAAUGGUUUGCAGAAGCCCGGCUUUAAAGAAAAAAAAGAAAUAUGUCACCAAAUACACUCCAGUUAGCCCCUCGCUAUAUCUUUGUGUACAUACUUCUGUCCUAUCAAAGCAACUGAACACAAACAAACAUUCAAUGUAUUAUGCAGGGCCUGGUUGCUUUGAAUUUUAUUUAUGUGCCAUAGUAAACAGAUCAGUGUAAUCUGUAUAAAUGCAAAAACUGGAACAUAAUGCUGCCAAUAAAAAAACAUAUGUAAGUUA